AUGGGCAGUCUCAAGUACUUUGCAGAGGUGGCUGAGACCAUGUCCGCAGCAGGCGAAGCCUUCGCAGAUGCCGAGGAAGCGAAAGAGCUGGCUGCUGCCAAGCGAGAGAAGGCCACGGCUUUAGAGGAGGACGCCGCUGACCAGGCAGCGAAAGUGGAGCGGCUUCAAGAGGAGGUAGAAGCCAAGAAAAGGGAGAUCGCGGCCCUGAGCCAGGAGGUGGAGGAUGCCAAGGACGAGGCCCACCGCCUGAAGCAGGAUGCCGAGGCCACAGCACAACAAGCUGCCGAUGCCGAGGCUGCUGCAGCAGAGAAGGAGGAUCUUGCGGCAGCUGCCAAAGCAAAGGGCGAAGAGAACGCAGCGGCACUUGCCGAGUUCGACAAGAAGUACGGCAUGGGCCCGGAGGCAGCUGCGGUAGAUGAGACCCAGAAGGCUGCAGAAGCCCCAGCAAAGGAGGGGGCGAAUGCAGAGGAAGGCUCCGAAGAUUCGUACGAUGAGAGUGAGGAAGAGGAGGAGGAAGUUGACGAGAGCCGCAUGACGACGUCUAAGGUGCCUCCGAGAGUGAGGGCAAAGGCAAGCCCAGGGCUCCGCCGGCUGCUGCGCCCCGGAACGCGCGGCCUGCGCCCGAACGGGCACCCGAGCGCGGAGGAGAUCGUGGAAACCACGGCUACCGAGAGGCUCCAGAGGCCAGGGAAGGAAGGCCACGGGAAGGACGAGAGAGGGAUCCUCGAGAUGUCCGGGAUGGGCGAGAAGCACACCGAGAGCGGGACCACCGAGACAUGCGAGAUCCCAGAGACGGCCGGGAAGGUCGGGAAGGUCGGGAAGGUCGGGAAGUCCGGGAUCCCAGAGAUGGCCGCGGCGGCCGUGAUGGCCGCGACGGUCGCGACGGCCGUGAUGACCGCGAUGGCCGCGAUGGCCGCGACGGCCGCGAGGGUCGUGAUGGCCGAGGGCGGGAGGGGCGGGAUGGGCGAGAUGGCCGAGAUGGGUGGCGAGAAAUGCGCGCGCCGCGCGAGCGCCGAAGAUGACCCACUGGCCCACCCUAAGCGGUGUCGUUCGGGCUCCUACCUGGUCGCUAGAAUCGAGUGGCAGCUUGCUCAGUCUGAGUCUUUGGCCCUCGAACCGACCAGGGCACAUCUUCAAGAUUAUGUGAUGGCCCGUUUCAACAGCCAGCGCAGAAAUUCCCUUGACAGGAGCAGCAGGCGUCGAGUUUUCCUGGAUUCUUGUCCUGUGGCCAUCUACGAAAUGCGCAGCUCUUUCAAGACAGCGGGUAGACAGUAG